AUGGCGAGAUCUGCAGCGGAUAAAUCGAGAAAACAGGAGAAGAGCAUUCGGAAGCUGAACAGAAAAACGUCCAGCAACUGGUUUGAAAGUCAGGUGUAUGCAAACCUGCCUGCUAUCAUAGUCGAGAUGUUGAUGUUUCUCAACUUGAAGAAUCCUCAGCACCUCGAUCAUAUCAACAGAGCAGAGUAUCGACGCGCGAUCAACUCCACGCUAGUGAUGGGAAGUUCAGGAAGCCUUGAAGGUAUACCAGAAGAAAGCUGCACCUUCAAGGAAAAGUUCAAGCUCAAGUUCGACCUUUACUUUCGAGCUCGAUCCAACUCCUCCAACUCCUCGAGAGUUUCUUUGAGAGAUGUGCUGAGAAGCUUGGUAGACUCGGAAGAUGCCGACGACGGAGUCCCCCAGGUCAUAGCGCUACAUUCAUACGACGACGACAAGGUCGCUGACGCCAGAGACGAGCUCGAAGGUCUCUUGCUCUCCGAGAACGCUCUCAUCCAUUUCGAGAUCACAGAAGAACCGUCUUGUAUGGUACGAAAGCUGUGGCAGCUUGAGGUAGGUUUGGCACUCAAAGACCAAGUGUGGUCAACACAAGGCUCAGAGUGCGGUGACAGCAAGCUGCUGGCAAUGGGCAUAAUAGUCGGAGGAGAGAAGGAGGCUUUCGUCAAGAACGCUACUCAUAUCGCAAGGCGCUGGAAAUCUGCUAGGGAGGCUGACAUCUUGUUGGCGAAGAGCGGAGUACCAGUCUUCUUUUGUUACGCUGCGCCUCAAAGCGUCCACAGCAUGUUCAACGGUUUGAGGAUGGACCUCAAGGAGCUUCGUGAGGACAACGAGGACAAACACAUGGAGACUGUGCUUACAGUCGAGCGCAAGAUGGACGAAUGGUUCUCGGAGCACCAAAAGGAGAUCCAUGCUCUUAAGGAGAACAUGGACGGGCUCAAGGAGAACAUGGACGGGCUCAAGCAGACUGUGGACGGGCUCAAGCAGACUGUGCAGACAGUCGAGCGCAAGAUGGACGAAGGGUUCUCGGUGUGUAUCAGGGCCCUGAGAGGGGUGUCACUGUACUGA